GGUCAAUCUUGUGUAUGGAUCGCUGGGUCAAGCUGGCUGUGUGAUAAAAUACAAAUAUCAACAAUCCACCAAUAUUUGAUUCGUCGUACUGAUUCUGUUAGCUUUUUAAUCUGUGAUGUAAUUCAUUGUGCGACAGUUUGUUCCUCUCUUUCGCGAGAAACUGGUAUUUUGGUGGACGCAUCGUCUUGCUGUGUGUGGAAGCCGUUUCGCGGGAAACAAUGUCACGUCCGCGUUCGAGAUCUCCCUUGUAUUCAAGAAUCCCAACUCUUCAUGGGAGGAGAGCGGAAGCAUUAUAUGAUAACCAGAUACAUUCAUCGGUACAGUCUGAUGCGUGGAGAAACCCUGAAUAUGUCAACAAAGUAGAAAGUAACGCAAACUGGAACAAAGAUUCCUUUCAAGGAGAGCAACAUGUUGACCACUGGGCCAAAUUUAUUAAUGCGAUAGAGCAUGCUCAAAAAAGAGGGCCUUCACCUAUGACCAGAUACCACAUGCAGGGUGAAGAACAAAGGUCGUCCCAUUCUCCAAGGAGGCUGCCGAGGGAGAGGUUACCUUCACCUGAUCGCACACAUUUUGGUGUUGAAGAACGUUACAGGAUGCCUUCACCAGGCUGGAACAGGAAUGAAGGUGCUGAUAAGGAGCUCAGUUCACAACACAACCACAGAGAAACAAGGGACAGGUCUUAUCCAAGACAACCAGAAGGAAGAAGACAAGACAGGAUGGAUUAUGGAUAUCAUAAUGAAGAAUAUGGCGGUCAAUAUCAAGAAAGGGGCUCCUUUUCAGAGAGGUCAUCAAAGUCAGAUUAUAGGGAGCAUCACCCUCCUUCUGAAGGAUUUACGGAUUUUGGUCGGCAGGAUGAGUUCGUUGAGCAUCACAGGGGCUUCAGCCCACGUCGUGCACCUGUCAUUGUUGAACACGAUCAUGGAAUCGCAAAACAAGACUCAAGGAGCCGCGAUCCCCCGAAAAUGAGUGCCAGUGUCAGGAACAGAGAUCCACCUAGGACAAAUGAAACCCACAGGAAUCGUGAUCGAAGAGACCAAGGCUUUCAUACGCGUACUUUACAAGACAGACAUGGCGGACGACCAAAUAGUAACCCCCAAGAUGAAUCAAGAAAGAACUAUUCUUCUUACGGAAGAGAAACUCAAGGAAGAGAAACUCAAGGAAGAGAAACUCAAGGAAGAGAAACUCAAGGAAGAGAAACUCAAGGAAGAGAACACUCAAGACACAUGGAGCAACCUAGAAUGGAGUCACAUUCAAGAGACUCAGAAACAAGGAGGGAAAUGGGAAAUGUAAGGGAUGUGAAUGAUGUGGAUUUGAGGAACAGAGAAAGAGACUCAGUCCAUGAUUGGGAGGAUGAGAGAUCACAAAGGAAUCAAGGGAGGAUGAUGGGACAAGGGGUGGUUCGCCAAAGAGCUCAGUAUCAAAGGAAGCCAAACGCAAAUGUUGGUCCUGCAUCUAGAAUGGAUUUCAGUGAACAGGAGACUCUCAAGAUCAAGGUGGACAUGAGUCGGCCCAUCAGGCAAAGCAGUCAUUUAGGAUAUUCUUCAGAUAGGCAGUUAUCACUGGACUUAGUCAAUGUGGGUCGACAACGCCUUGAUUUUCUUCCCAUGCUGGAGCAUUCUGGGACUUACAGGGAAUCAGCAGUGCAUUCUGGGACAUUUGCCCAAGAGAUCAUCACCCUUGUGCAUCAAGUUAAAGAAAAUUACUUUAGGGGCCAAGGCAUCACACUUAAUGAACGGUUUAGAAAUGACCAAUAUUAUUCACUCCAAGAUGAGUUUAAGGAGGAAGAAGACGAAGAGGUGGAGAUGGGAAACGUGAGACCAGUCAUGAAUAGGCAACAUGGAAUGCCUUCAUCAGAAACUCAGAUCUUCUGCAAGAUAGGACCGGAUCCACUUCAGAGACGGCAGCUUGUCCCCGAUCCUGGUGACCUCAGGUAUGACCUGGAGCGAAGAAGACUGCAGCGAUUGGAAGGUGUAAAGAUCACCAUUGCUGGGGGAAGCUUUGCUCCAGUGGCUCCCGAGGGUCAAGAGAGUGAACCUCCCUAUAUGAUGGACAAUCCUGAAGAAGCAGAUGAGAACUUUAGGUGGUCGGAACAAGAACGCGAGCAUCAAAGGCAGUGGGAUGGUCCCCGUCAAAGAAUGCCAGUACCUAACAGACAGAACUUCAAUCCGAAGGGGAAUUUAAAUCGCAAUAGCAGACCACGGGGACGGAGGACUUGAAAUAGUGGUGAGGAAAAAUGUGGCAGUGCAGGAGAAAGUCAACAAUUCAAAUCUGAGAUCACUUGUCCACAACAGUGUUUUUGUUGUGAUAUUUGAACCACUAAGACCUUGAUUCAAGGUCCACUGCUUCUCCACUUUUGGUGGAUCUUUUUCAUUCAAUUUUUGAUUCACCCACUACCAUUUGCUUGAUUUAAGAAAGCAGCUUGUAAAGAUUGUUUGGCAAGAUAGGAAAGAUAAGUCAUAAAAUAGGACACCCUAUUGGGCGAGUAUCGCCUUGCCCUGCUCACAUCCUGAAAUAUUGCUCUUCUUCAAUGUCAGUUGAGUAGCUAAUGUUUAGUUUUUGAUUUGGUGUUCCACCAUAUAUCAAGGCACAAAUUACAAUUCAUACUGUAUGUAAAUUUAAUUGCAAUUAAAAUUUUGAAUUUAAAUAGCCAUUUCAUAACAUUACACAAUACAUGGUUAGUUUUGCUUUUAUACUAAAAUACAGACUUUUUGUCGUACCUACAUAUAUGAUAAAAUAAUUUCAUAUUUGCUGUAUCAUGCUGUGUACACUCAAAGUAGAAACUGUUCUGUAAAUAAAAUCUAUUUGUGCCUAAAUGUUUUCAAAUGAA